CGUUGCGGAGGUUGUCGAGCAUCCUCUCGCUGCCGCCGCUGCCAUGGACGUGCCGACGUCGACGAGCACAAUGCUGCUACUGCUGCUAAUCGCAGAGUGUGGAGCGCAACUAGAUGUGUGCGGGCAGCCCCCGCUCAACAGCCGUAUUGUGGGGGGUCAGGCGGCCCCGUCGGGUGCGUGGCCCUGGCAGGUGAGCCUGCACCGCUCCGGGACACACUUCUGCGGGGGCUCACUCAUCAACAGCGAGUGGGUGCUGUCGGCUGCGCACUGCUUUAGGAGUACGAGAGCUGUCACUGCGUUUUUGGGUCGUCAGCGCCAGCAGGGUUCCAAUCCCAACGAGGUAAGCCGCAGGGUCACCGAGACCAUCCCCCAUCCCGACUACAACCCCGCCACCUUCGACAACGACGUGGCCCUGUUGAGGCUUUCCUCGCCCGUCACCUUCGACAACUUCGUCCGGCCCGUCUGCCUGGCCGCCGCCCCGAGCUCCUUCUUCACCGGAAUCGCCAGCUGGGUCACCGGGUGGGGCAGCAUCGGCUCGGGAGUUCCCCUACCACCCCCCCAGGACCUGAUGGAGGUGGAGGUUCCUGUGGUCGGAAACCGCCAGUGCAAUUGCGACUACACGGCGACGGGAUUGAGAAUCAGCGGCAACAUGAUUUGCGCGGGCCUGAGAGAGGGCGGAAAGGACGCCUGUCAGGGUGAUUCGGGUGGUCCCAUGGUGAGCAAACAAGGGUCCGUGUGGGUCCAGAGCGGGGUGGUCAGCUUCGGACAAGGUUGCGCCCGGCCGGAGUUUCCGGGCGUCUACGCACGGGUCUCCCGGUACCAGGAUUGGAUCAGCGGCCACGCGGGCAACGACAACCUGCCAGGCUUCGUCACCUUCACGUCCCCGGGCGCUGACCCGGACUCGGCGGUUAGCUGCGGCAACCCGCCGCCCACCGGCGGGACCGCGCCGCCCACCGGCGGGACCGCGCCGCCCACCGGCGGGACCGCGUCGCCCACCGUCACCAGCACGCGCCCACCGGUGUUGUGCGGACGCGCUCCUUUGAACGGGCGCCUGUCGGGCUCCGGAUCGGCGUCGGCUCUGGCAGGCUCUUGGCCCUGGAUGGCCAGCCUGCACUUGAGGGGGGCACACGUAUGUGGCGGCACGCUGGUGGCUGAGGACGCCGUGCUUACUAGCGCACAAUGCGUCACGCGGUCCGCUGCGCCGGACUGGACCGUCUUCCUCGGUCGCUGGAGGCAGAAUGGCUCCAACAGCUUUGAGGUGGCGGCGAGCGUGAUCAGCAUCGCAACCAGCACGGAGUCCGGUCCAAAUGUGGCAAUCCUGCACCUCGCCAGCCCGCCGCCGCUCUCCACCUUCAUUCAGCCCAUCUGCAUAGAGAGCGGGCAGACCUUCGCCGCCGGGUCCCCCUGCUGGGCCGCCGGAUGGAGCGCGGACCGAGGAGGAGAGGAGCAGGCCUUGCAGGAGGUCCAGACUUCGCUGCUGGACUGUGGGAACGCGUCGACCGCUGACAACAUUUGUACGCAACUUCUGCCACUGGACCAGGAAGACCGCGGCGGUCCAUUGAUGUGCCAGCUGGGCGACUCCUGGUACCAGGCGGCGGUGCUGUCGACCGACCCCGGCCGGGCGGAUAACGUGACGGUUUUCCCUCCGCUCAAUCGCUUCAGAAGCUUCCUGACGCGCGAAGUGGGGGACUUCUUGUCACCCACCACCUGCAGCGCUCCUCCGCCGCUCUUCCUCAGCCAGCUGCUGUUGGUCGCCACGGGCCUGCAGCCCAUCCUGAUGGUGCUGUGCCACUGAAUGAAACAGCAAAUGUCCCAAAGACAAUGUGAAAGUCAUUCUUUUAACCUCGAACCUUGCAUUCUCCUGACACCAAGCAAGCUUUCCAGAUAAUGUGAAAAUAAAGUGCUUCCUCUUGACGAAAAGGUUUUGGGUCAAAACAUGUAUUUGUGUAAACACUGUCCUUAAUAAAUGAACGUUAAUGUCCAACAA